AUGACGUCAAAUGAUUUUUUAUUUCACGUUACAAACUUCGCCGUCAUUUAAAUUUUAACCAAGUUUAAAAUUUAUUUACUAAAAUGACGAGCAAAACAACAGAAAAAGGCGGAUUUAUGGGUUUUCUGUGUAGACAAAAUGUGCGCUGUAAAAACUUACCCUUUUCUGCUAAAUUACAUAUUUUUCGUGAAUCAAAUCAAUUAAAAACGCAAAGUGUGCCCAACUACUUAUGUUCAAAGUCAACAAAACUUUAUAACACGCCUAGUCACUACGUGUUACCUCAUUUUCCAGUUAAACCAGCGAGAAAUCAAAGUCUUCCUAUUGACGUUGCAGCAACAAAUACAAAAAUAUUAUUAAAUAACGAGUCAACUAUCCCAAUCGUUGUUAAUGAAGAACGAGAAUACAAGUUACACCGUUGCAAGAAAAUGUAUAAUGUUUGCAUUAAGAAUGAUGAUUUAACUCCUAUUAAGCCGGAAAAUAUACUUCCGGAAGAUAAUGUACUUCUUACUAAAAAAUAA